CGGCGCUGGAAUUCAGCGACUGCUGCCUGGACAGCCCGCACUUCCGAGAGACGCUCAAGUCGCACGAAGCGGAGCUGGACAAGACCAACAAAUUCAUCAAGGAGCUCAUCAAGGACGGGAAGUCCCUCAUCAGUGCGCUCAAGAAUUUGUCUUCAGCGAAGAGGAAAUUUGCAGAUUCCUUAAAUGAAUUUAAAUUUCAGUGCAUAGGAGAUGCAGAAACAGAUGAUGAAAUGUGUAUAGCAAGGUCUUUGCAGGAGUUUGCCAGUGUUCUCAGGAAUCUUGAAGAUGAACGGAUACGGAUGAUUGAGAAUGCCAGUGACGUGCUCAUCACGCCCUUGGAGAAGUUUCGGAAGGAGCAGAUUGGGGCUGCCAAGGAAGCCAAAAAGAAGUAUGACAAGGAGACAGAGAAGUAUUGUGGAAUCUUAGAAAAACACUUGAAUUUGUCUUCCAAAAAGAAAGAAUCUCAGCUUCAGGAGGCAGACAGUCAAGUGGACCUGGUCCGGCAGCAUUUCUAUGAAGUAUCCCUGGAGUAUGUCUUCAAGGUGCAGGAAGUCCAAGAGAGGAAGAUGUUUGAGUUCGUGGAGCCUCUACUGGCAUUCUUGCAAGGACUCUUCACUUUCUAUCACCAUGGUUAUGAACUGGCCAAGGAUUUCAGCGACUUCAAGAUGCAGCUGACCAUUAGCAUACAGAACACAAGAAAUCGCUUUGAAGGCACCAGGUCAGAAGUGGAGUCACUGAUGAAAAAAAUGAAGGAGAAUCCCCUUGAGCACAAGACCAUCAGUCCCUACACCAUGGAAGGGUACCUCUAUGUUCAGGAGAAACGUCACUUUGGAACCUCUUGGGUGAAGCACUACUGUACAUAUCAGCGGGAUUCCAAACAGAUCACCAUGGUACCAUUUGACCAAAAGUCAGGAGGAAAGGGGGGAGAAGACGAGUCGGUCACUCUCAAAUCCUGCAUCCGGCGGAAAACAGACUCUAUUGAGAAGAGGUUUUGCUUUGACGUAGAAGCAGUAGACAGGCCAGGGGUUAUCACCAUGCAGGCUCUGUCGGAGGAGGACCGGAGGCUCUGGAUGGAAGCCAUGGAUGGCCGGGAGCCUGUCUACAACUCGAAUAAAGACAGUCAGAAUGAAGGAACUGCACAGUUGGACAGCAUUGGCUUCAGCAUAAUCAAGAAAUGCAUCCACGCUGUGGAAACCAGAGGUAUUAAUGAGCAGGGGCUCUACCGAAUCGUGGGGGUCAAUUCCAGAGUGCAGAAGUUGCUGAGUGUCCUGAUGGACCCCAAAACAGCUUCUGAAACAGAAACGGAUAUCUGUGCGGAAUGGGAGAUCAAGACCAUCACUAGUGCUUUGAAGACCUACCUAAGAAUGCUUCCAGGGCCACUCAUGAUGUACCAGUUUCAAAGAAGUUUCAUCAAAGCAGCAAAGCUGGAGAAUCAGGAGUCUCGGGUGUCUGAAAUCCACAGCCUUGUUCAUCGGCUCCCAGAGAAAAACCGCCAGAUGUUACAGCUGCUCAUGAACCACUUGGCAAAUGUUGCUAACAACCACAAGCAAAAUUUGAUGACAGUGGCGAACCUUGGCGUGGUGUUUGGACCCACCCUGCUUCGGCCUCAGGAAGAAACAGUAGCCGCCAUCAUGGAUAUCAAAUUUCAGAACAUUGUCAUUGAGAUCCUGAUCGAAAACCAUGAUAAGAUAUUUAACACUGUGCCUGAAAUGCCUCUCACCAAUGCCCAGCUGCACUUGUCUCGGAAGAAGAGUGGUGACUCCAAGCCCCCGUCCUGCAGCGAGAGGCCCCUGACGCUCUUCCAUGCUAUGCAGUCGACAGAGAAACAGGAACAAAGAAACAGCAUCAUUAACUCCAGCUUGGAAUCUGUCGUCUCAUCAAAUGCAAACAGCAUCCUUAAUUCUAGCAGCAGCUUACAGCCCAACAUGAAUUCCAGUGACCCAGACCUGGAUGUGCUCAAACCCACCCGGCCCAACUCACUCCCCCCGAAUCCAAGCCCAACUUCACCCCUCUCGCCAUCUUGGCCCAUGUUUUCGGCGCCAUCCAGCCCUAUGCCCACCUCAUCCACGUCCAGCGACUCAUCCCCCAUCAGCACUCCGUUCCGGAAGGCAAAAGCCUUGUACGCUUGCAAAGCUGAGCACGACUCAGAGCUCUCAUUCAUCGCAGGCACGGUCUUCGAUAAUGUUCACCCGUCUCAGGAGCCAGGCUGGUUGGAGGGGACUCUGAAUGGAAAGACGGGCCUCAUCCCCGAGAACUAUGUGGAGUUCCUCUAACCGUGGGCCCAGCAGAACUGCUGAGCUUUCCAUGGUAUCCAUGACAACUGCUGAGUCCAGUGUUGCAGGGCAUUUCUCUGCCACCGAGAAGUGCAGGGUGACUGACUCUGCUGCUCCCUGUCAACACCAGUGUUUCUGUGAACUUUGGUGUCACCCUUCCCCACGAUCAUCUCAGCUGACCUGUGGUGACAUUGCAGGAAACAGAAGUAAAUCAGCAGGGGAGGCCAUUUGAUUUUGAAAACCGAGAGAAAGGCUGGCGCAGCCAUCUCUCUCGUUCAGCACCCAAAUGGGGAGCACUCCUUUUGUCUCAACAGCCCCCCAAAUUCCCAACCUUCUGAAAGUGGAAGUAAGAUCCUUAAGAGCAUGUGCGGCUGGGUCACGGCUCCGAGAUCCAGGCUGGGCCAUUGCUCUUGUUUACAGCAGACGCUCUAACCCACCUCUCCAUACUCAAGACCCACAGGGCUCCAGGCUGCUGGGGCUGUUUGUUUGCAUGCAGGAUGGAGAGGGCUUACAGCACUGUUUACAUAAGAUCCAAUCUUUCACCAUCUCCAAAACAGCCUUGGCCCAGCAUCAGCA